GCACUACUUCAUGUAGCCGCUUGUUAUCUGCAGCGCCCUACCCCUCUCCCCGAGUACAAAACCGAGAUUUGGAAUAGGGGGUACACAUUCAGAGCUGAUUACAUGAAGAAAAAGGGAGCAGGAAACAGAGUGGAAUUCGCUCUUGAAUAAGAAUACGGAGCGGCGCUGUGCACCCAGUGAGAUGGAGCUUGAAGAGAGGAAGAUAAAUAAAAAGUGGGGUUACAUUUGAAGCACAAAAUAAGGAGAAGGGGGGUGAGGAGAGAAGGCAGUUCGCUUCUUGUGACGACCUAAAAGGAUUACAAAUCCCCGUUAUUGGCGAGUUGACUAUCUAUCGGAGUGAAUUGAUGGUGUCGGUACAGGGUAGAACUCUAACGGACCGUGCCGAGGGGAGGAAUUUGAAUGCACUCGGCUGAAUCAUGCUGAGGCUGUGGAUAAUAACUUUGGCGAUCAGUUUCAACAAAGUGUGGAUGGUCAGGUUCUCUCAGGAGCCUGCAGACCAGUCGGUGGUGCUGGGAGAGAGGGUGGUGCUGUCCUGUGUGGUGUUCAACUACACUGGCAUCGUGCAGUGGACCAAGGAUGGGCUGGCGCUGGGCGUUGGAGAGGGCCUCAGGGCCUGGCCAAGGUACCGUGUGCUGCGGGUGAUAGACAUCGGCCAGUACAACCUGGAGAUCUCCUCAGCAGACCUGUCUGAUGACUCCCUGUACGAGUGCCAGGCCACCGAGGCGGCUCUGAGAUCCCGCAGAGCCAAACUCACCGUCCUCAUCCCUCCAGACGACCCGGUGGUGGAGGGCUCUCCAGAGAUCCUGCUGAUGGCCGGCACGCCCUACAACCUGAGCUGUGUGACCAGAGGAGCCAAGCCCCUCGCUGUCAUCGAGUGGCAGAGGGACGGGGUGGCCCUGGAGGGAGCACACAGCUCCACUGAAGUGCUCCCAGACAGGAAGAGGGUGACCACACGGAGUUAUCUACCCCUCACCCCCCAGGACACAGACACAGGCCACAACUUCACCUGCGUGGCCACUAACAUGGCCGUGCCCCUGGGCAAACGCACAUCCAUCAAACUCAACGUCCACCACCCCCCCACUGUAACAUUGUCCAUAGAGCCUCGCUCAGUCCUGGAGGGAGAGAGAGUCAUAUUCACCUGCCAGGCACAUGCCAACCCCCCCAUCAUGGGAUACAGGUGGGCGAAGGGGGGUGUUCUCCUGGAGGGGGCCCGAGAGAGUGUGUUCAUGACCACGGCCGACCACUCCUUCUUCACGGAGCCUGUUUCCUGUCAGGUGUUCAACGCCGUGGGCAGCACUAACGUCAGCAUCCUGGUCGAUGUCCACUUCGGUCCUAUCCUAGUGGUGGAGCCCAGGCCAGUGACGGUGGACCUCGACUCUGACGUCACGCUCAACUGCAAGUGGUCAGGAAACCCCCCCCUGACCCUGACCUGGACCAAGAAGGGCUCCAGCAUGGUCCUCAGUAACAACAACCAGCUGUACCUGAAGUCAGUGAGCCAGGCAGAUGCAGGUCAAUAUGUGUGUAAGGCCAUCGUUCCCAGGAUAGGAGUGGGUGAGACAGAGGUCACUCUCACCGUCAAUGGUCCUCCCAUCAUUUCCAGUGAGUCUGUGCAGUACGCAGUGAGAGGGGAGAAAGGAGAGGUCAAGUGUUUUAUCGCCAGCACUCCCCCUCCUGAUAAGAUUGUUUGGGCGUGGAAGGAGAACGUGUGGGAGAAGGAGAAGGGCACCCUGCUGGAGAGGUACACCGUGGAGCAGAGCAAGCCCCAGUCCCAAGGGGGCGCUGUCCUCUCCACCCUCACCAUCAACAACGUGAUGGAGUCCGACUUCCACUCCCCCUACAACUGUACGGCCUGGAACGCCUUCGGACCCGGCACCAUGAUCAUCACCCUGGAGGAGAACGAGAUGGUGCCUGUGGGGAUCAUCGCUGGAGGGACCGUGGGCUCCUCCAUCCUGCUGCUGCUCUUCCUGCUGGCCCUCGCUCUCUUCCUCUACCGCCAACGCAAAGGCAGUCGCCGUGGGGUCACGCUGGGUAAACCUGACAUCAAGGUAGAGACGGUCAACAAGGAGACCCAUAGUCUGGAGGAAGACUCCGCCAGCGUAUCCACGGCAACGCGCAUGGUUAAAGCCAUGUACUCUUUUUUGCCCUCUGUCUCCCUCUCUCCCUCCACUCAGCCCUUCAAAGACGACAUGGACCUGAAGCAGGACUUGCGAAGCGAAUCGUUGGACACACGCGAAGAGUAUGAGCUCAAGGAUCCCACCAAUGGCUACUACAACGUGCGUGCCACCACCCACGACGAGGCCCGCCCCCAGUCCCGUGCCAUCCUCUACCAGGGGGAGUUCCGCUCCCCCAACCUGGGUGGGGGGCCGUCCGGCGCCGCCUCCAGCGGGCCUGCAGGGGGGGCCAGCGGGGCAGUGCCCCCCAGCGGAGUGCCAGGUUCGCGGGCAGGCUGCUAUGACCCCCGGCCCCCCUCCAGGAUGUCCCAUGCCAGCUACGCGCAGUUCAACACCUUCACCAGGGCAGCCCAGAGCCAACAGGCCCCGCCCAAUCCCGCUCCGCAGACCGGAGACUUCCCCGGAGACUGCGGCCUAUUGGAUGCUAGCACUCAGCUGGCCUAUGACAACUAUGGCUAUCCCGCCCAGUACCCCACCUACCGAAUGGGCUUUGCCCCGCCCUUGGAGGGAGGGCCAGCCUAUGAGAUGUACCCGACAGGACAAGGGGUAGGACCCGGCCCGGGGCCAGGGCCUGGGCCUGGGCUAGGGCCUGGGCCGGGGCCGGGGCCAGGACCAGGGUCUGGAGCUGGUGCUGGACCAGAACCUGGGCUCGGGAAGUACGGAAGCUCCACUCGUUUUUCCUACUCCUCCCCUCCCUCUGACACCCACAGACACACACAGAGGAUGCAAACUCAUGUGUGAGAGACACUCAGUGGAGCAGUGGUCGCACACACACACACACACACACACACACACAGUUAUAUAUACACCUACACACACAAUGACUUACCAUAAAACAACAAACACAAAAUUCAUACAUGCAUUCAUAUUUGGACCCUCCCAUAACCCUAUACAGCAUAUCUAUCCUUUUCUAUAUAACGCUAUACACUGUUUCUCUAUCUAAUAUACAGUGCACUCACACAGGGUUUCUCUCAAACGUUGUAUUAUGGGCUGUUUUGCUGCAGGAGCAGUGACAGCCACAGUCCAGACAGGAUAGACACAAAGUGAUGAGAAAAGUCUGAAAGUACCUUUCCACAAGAAGGGAUGAGGAUGAAUAGGGAUGGAAGAAUGCACCCUGCGACAUUUCAUCCCUUUCUUCCUCCUCUCGCUGUGCGACUCCAUCUAGCUUGCCUCUCAUUCACUUCAUUGUUGUAAAUAAACCCAGCUGAAGAUUAGGUUUCUUAACCGUUUGAAUAAUUAGCUUGUAUAAAAGUGUUAUAUAAGGAUUUAAAGAAGUGAUCCCAAUGAUGCACACUGACACACGUUCCCACACCGUUACACGAUGACAAAGUCUUACAUCUUUACACACACACACACACACAGAGACAUUCUUGCGAUUUUGCAGCAUCACAGCAAGGUGACGUCUCGCGCUUUGGAAGUGCGGCACUUUUUACCACUGCCCCCUCCCAGUUUGAUGACAAACUGGCAUCGUUACUGGCAUGACAGAGGAGUGCCACCCUGGAUCAGAGAGGAAGAUGUUAGGGUGGCCUUCGAAAAACGUCAGCGAUUGACUAAAAGCAACGUGAUGUGUCGAGCGGGUGCCAAACACAGAAGCUUUCAUCAUACUCCAAGAUCACUGACUACAAACAAAGAAGUGAAUUUUUUGUUGUUACAUGCCACUUGUACUCGAGAGACAAAGCUGUAGCAAGUUCCUCUAUCUCCUUCCUCGUUUUUUAUACUCUGUGAGGUUGCAUUUCUGUAUGCGCAUUUCACCUGAGGUCGAUACUGUACGUUUGAAGAAAGCAGAUUUUGCAUUUGACGAAUCUUUGCAAUUUGUACCAAUAUCUUCCCAAUCCUCCCAAUAUUUACGUGUUCCUCGUUCCCCAGCACAGUAGAAUAGGACCUUUUUCCAUGUUUAUAUCGAAAGCUGAAAAAAAGGCAUUUACAAACAUUUUGUAAUAUUUUUAUAAGGAGUUGUGGACCAAAGGUUCUGAGACAUGUUCGAGUGACAUUCACUUUUUAAAUAGAUGUUCAGAGGAUUCUGUGUUGAGGGCUGUGUGGAGUUGGGGAGAA